AGAGAGAGAGAGAGAUGUGAAGGGUAAGAACAACGACCGAGGACGACAACGAUACGAAAUCGAUUCCGACUCCCAUUUCCGCCAUGCAAUACUUCAAUCCUGACCGUUCAAACAUCUCCCAAAACUCAUCCCACCGUUCCCGUUCCCUUUUCAUCUAUUCUCAUCCUCCCCCUCAUUUGCCAUCACCACAACCACAACCACAACCAUCUUCACCACCACCGCCACAACAACAACAACAACAGCCACAACCGCAAUCAUCUCCCACACCAAUGUCUUCACCCACAUCGAAACCGAACACCAAAGUCCUUUCAUUCCUUCUCAAAGCAAUCAUCAUGGCCCUCUUCAUAUCCCUUUUCUUCAUCUUCGUCGGCAUCGCCGCCCUCCUCCUCCUCCACCUCUGCGUCGCCGGCCGCGCUCUUCGCCGCCACCGCCGCCUGCGCCGAAGCACCCUCCCGCCCGAUUCGCCAUCUGGGUUGUCGCCGAAGGACCUCCAGAAGCUCCCUUGUUUCAAUUACAGCGGCGGCGUGGGGCCCGCUGCCCUCGCCGACUGCGCUAUAUGCCUAGAGGGAUUCCGGGACAGCGAGACGUGCCGGGUUCUCCCCGAUUGCAGUCACGUUUUCCACGUGUGCUGUGUCGACGAGUGGCUGGUGAAAGUGCCCGCCUGCCCAAUUUGCCGCUCAGCCGUCACCGGGGUGGUCAGAUCGGGGUGGGAGAUUCAGAAUACAGAGGAGGGUGUCAGCGUUCGAUCCGUCUGAUUGGGUUGGUGGGUGUUGUCAAAAGGAGAGAGGCCAUUUUCCUUGAAUUCUCUGUAAGUAAUGCUUUUUUGGUGGCUUUGAAAUUUCAGUGACAUGUACAUACGGAAUUCGGUAUCUUUUUUUAUUUUUAAAAUUCGGUAUACAAUAGAAUUUGUUGAUUACAGCGAGUAUAUGCACCCAAGUCGUUUGUGUAUAUGAGGUGAAUAUUCAUGAGCUGAAAGAAAUCUUGGAAAUUUUGAUAGCACCAUACAAAGAAUGUUGAAUUCAAUUUAGGCUGUGUUUGGAUGAAAAAAUGGAUUGAAUUGCGAACAUUCUGUUUAACUCAAGUGGAAAUGACAAAAAUUAACGACGUUCCUAAAAUUCAUAAUGAAAUUGUUGUUUGUUUUCUUUCGAAUCCAACUUGAAAGUAAUCUGAUUAAUGAUGUGAUGUAUGGUAGGGAAUGGCAUGUUGGCUAUCUCUCCCUAGACUAAUAAUCACAGUUAAAUUCAAUUGUGCAUCCAAAUGCGCCAUUAAUGGGCUUUUUCUUUUUCAAAAAAUUGGGGCUGUGAAUCUUCUUACUGCUCCUACCAUGGCCUACUAAGAUAGUUGAUGGCAUAAGGCCUUGGCUGCAUUUGGAGCUCAGCGACGGUGUAAAAGCUACUGCUGACAUGCAGUGGUUGCCCCUCAUAUCGAGUAAGAUCCGCUUCUCUCAUGUUCUACAGUGAAGAGACAAUUACAAAGAUUGAUAAUAAGAUCUUCAAGAAAAGGGUGGAAGUGGGCGUGAAAAGAUGGAUGAGCCGGGGGCGUUUAUUGACGGUCCAUCAAGUCAUAUCUGGGGUCGUUCUCUCCCCCAUGGUUUUCGUAUUAUCGACACCCAACCUGAGCUUUCUCCCUCCCCCAUUCUUCCAUAAAAUGAUAGUAUUGUGUGCAUAUUGAAGUCCACAUGUGAGUUCUUUCCAUUAAAACAUCAAGGAACUCAUGUCUUGUGUGGUCUGGAAGGGAAGUAUCGAAAGUAACUUAGAGCUUGGCGAGGCCAUUAUGCAUCUCCAACCACUGCUAGAAGUGCCAAUCUGGGACAUUUGUUGGGAGUGAACAAGGUCUUUCAAUUCAUUAGGUGGGUCACAUAGGUACAAAAACAAUGGACAGUUUAACAAAGAAUUACCAAAGUUUCAUAGACAAUAUACACGCAUGGCCUUCUUGAUUAGUGGACCUCGGUGCCAGGUGAUUUACAUGGUGGUACCACCCAGUGCUCGGAUGUCCCAAAAAAGUGCUGGGUUGGUGCAUGUGGCCUAUUGCAGCUCUCUAGAAUUAGAUCCUUAUUAUUAUGGCUAGGUUGGCAUGUGACCUCUUGCAGCUCUCAAGAAUUCAACCAUUAUUAUGGUACCAAAAACAUAAGGAUCCCAUUUGCUGAAUUUUUGUUUGUGGCAUUGUAUGCUCUGUGUAGAUAACAUGAUCAAGGAGUAUGGUUUUGGGAGCUAGCUAGUUGGCAUUAAAAAGUGAGUCAUGGCCUCUGAAAUACUGGGAAUCAAGGUUUUAAAACUUGGUUUUAGAGUGUCUUUUCCCAGUAUCGGAUCUAGUCAUAUUGCUACACACACACGCACGCACAUAUGAUGAGUUGCAUCACCGAUACUGAUAAGAUCCGUUUGAUGCAAUACUAGUUGCUGACGAUAUGAAAAGUAUUUAAAAAAUGAGAAAACUCUACAAGAAAGAAAGAAAGAAAGAAAGAAAAAAAAAGCACAAAUGAGUCUGACUGUGUCUGUUUCGACCCUGGCUUGGUGCAAAUCAGGUCGACUCCUUCCCAUUCAGAAAAAGUCAGGACCUAGUCGCCUGAUUUCAACCUUAUCUGAACCAGACAGGUUUCCACCAUAAUCGAUAAGACGCAGGUGAUUCUCAGUUGCAUUAGAUGAUUGUUCAAAGCCAUGCUUGUAAUUGCCUACUAAGACUGAUUGUUUGAUUGGAUUAUAAUCAUGUCUCUCAGAGGAUGGAAAUGGAAAUGACUUCUUUUAUCAUCAUCAUUGUAAACAACCUUAUUCCAGGCAAUGGACCGGAAGUUAUAGGCGGGGCGUCCUGAAGUAGUCUACAACAUCCGCCAGAGAAGGAAAGGAUGCUCAUCUAAUUCCAACUAGAGAAUGCUAGUAUGAUACCUGUCCAUAGAGCAGCUCCAUCCUCCACCACAAUGUGACAAACAUGUUAGGCAAUCAGGAUAGUUGGUCUUGGUGGGCCACUAUGCAGACAGGCUAUGAAAGAUGGACGGUACUAUAUGCGUUGUGUUCUGCAAGAAAACAUAUCCGCAUCUGUGAUCCACACCGUUGAAUAGCGAGGACAUCACUAGAUGAGGCCAUACAUAUAGCAAUGUGAUAGUGUGAAAUUGACGAAAUGAAAGGUCACAAUUUUCAGGUUAUAA